CAGUCACUGCCAAAAGAAGAACUAAGCGCUCUCUCCAAUGGAUAUCCAAGGAGCGACUUGGUAGACAACUCGCCGACUGCAUACACGAUGCGCAUCCGUGAAAGGACCUGAUGCCAAGAGGCGUCCGUUCGUCAGGCGGAUCUUCGUUUUUGUGUGCGACUCUAUGCGAAACAACCUUUGAAUAUGCAAUACCCACAUGUGCAAGACAUUCGAUUGAAUGGAAGGAAUUCUGCAUGAUCUGUUCCGACUCUGUUUCCUUUGUUGCUACAUACAGGGUCGCGUUUCGUCUGCCUUCCGUCUUCGUGCCGGGCGAUUCAAACCGCUUGGUGUCUUUGCUACAAAAAGAAUUGAAAUUUACCGAACAACCUUGUCGUACUUCGAGUGAUGGUCUUACUAUGUGCAGUGUGAUGUGGUACACCACACCGGCGGCCACGCCGCUGAGCAGCUGCCUGUAUCAACAAGGAAUCACAUCCGAUCCCGCAGUCAUGACCCUGCGCAGAUCAAGAUCAAAUCUCUACGUCGUCAUCGGUUCUCAAACGGACAGGAAAAUCAACAUUAAACUCAAACGACCUGGAAACUCAAUCGAAAUUAGGCCAUGAUCUGGACUUCAUGAAAACGGUUGUUCUUGUGGUAAAAACCAUCUUCUCCGUACAGGCGUGACAGGAUACGAGGGAAUCAAAGCGCUCCAGGGCUGCUUAAGGUUUUCAUUUUCCAAAUUGCACUCGAAUUUCCAUGCCCGGGAGCCGUUGAUCGGGUGGGGU